AUGGCAGCGACGAAUUCAACCUUGGAGAAGAAGGAUGAGAGCUCGGAGGAGAAGGGCGGUGAGCUUUUGUUCUGCGGCGCUACUUCCUGGGACAUCGUUGGAAGACGCAAAGGUGUCGAAGGCAACUUGCUCUCUCCCACUCGCUUAAGGCCUCUCCUCGGCGUCAACAUUCGAUUCGUCGCAUCUGGUUGCGCGUCGUGUCAUUGUGUGGCGUUGGAUGUUGAAGGUCGUUGCUACACCUGGGGACGCAAUGAGAAAGGGCAGUUAGGUCAUGGUGAUAUGAUCCAACGUGACAGGCCAACGGUUGUGUCUGGACUCUCCAAGUACAAGAUUGUGAAGGCCGGAGCAGGGAGGAACCAUACGGUUGUUGUUAGCGAGGAAGGCAGGUCGUUUGCUUUUGGAUGGAAUAAGCAUGGGCAGUUGGGUUUAGGCACCGCCAAAAACGGGUUUGUGUCUGUAGAAGUUGAAUCGUCGCCUGUUCCAUGUGUUGUCUCUGAUGAGGUCACGAGCAUUGCUUGUGGGGCUGACUUCACUGUGUGGUUAUCUUCUACUGAAGGAGCCUCUAUACUGACCGCUGGACUCCCACAAUAUGGUCAACUUGGUCAUGGAACUGAUAACGAGUUCAAUAUGAAGGAUGGCUCAGUUAAACUCGCCUACGAAGCUCAGCCACGUCCUAAAGCCAUAGCCUCUCUUGCCGGGGAAACGAUUGUCAAAGUUGCAUGUGGAGCGAAUCAUACAGUCGCUGUCGAUAAGAAUGGGUUUGUUUACACAUGGGGCUUUGGUGGAUAUGGAAGGCUUGGACAUAGGGAACAGAAAGAUGAAUGGUCUCCUCGCCGCAUUGAUGUGUUUCAGAGGAAUAAUGUUUUGCCUCCUAAUGCCAUUGUUUCAGCUGGCUCUGCAAACUCUGCUUGUACUGCGGGGGGAGGACAGUUAUAUAUGUGGGGAAAGAUCAAGAACAAUGGUGAUGAUUGGAUGUACCCUAAACCUAUGAUGGAUCUAAGUGGUUGGAACUUGCGUUGGAUGGAUUCAGGAAGCAUGCAUCAUUUUGUUGGUGCGGAUAGUUCUUGCAUAAGCUGGGGUCAUGCUCAGUAUGGUGAACUUGGUUAUGGUCCCCACGGUCAAAAAUCCUCUGCGGCGCCUAAGAAGGUGGAUAUACUCGAGGGAAUGCAUGUAAUGGGUGUGGCAUGCGGGUUUUGCCAUUCUAUGGUCAUAGUUGACAGAACAGAAGAUAUCGCUGAUCGUCUUGAGCAGCUCGAGAUAUACGACGGGAAAGGAUCAUUAGAAGAGACUGUUGAACAACCCAAAGAAGAAACUGUGGCAACUACAACAAAGCAACAAGUACCUGCCAAAAGAGGUAGAAAGAGGAAAGCAGCAAAGGCUUCGUCUGACUCUGAACAAGACAGUGGCGAAGAAAACAGCGACAAGGAGAAGGAAGCUAAAGGCAGUGACAGUGACUAUAGUGAAGAUGGAGAAGAAGAAGCCAAUGGCAAGAAACAGACCACUCGUGGCAGAGGACGUGGCCGUGGAGGACGUGGUCGCGGCGGACGCACCGGUAAUGGAAAAGCUUCGCCGGUGAAGACCGGUCGGGGAAGAGGAAGACCACGCAAGUCUUAG